CCUUCUUAUGAAUAUAUGGUGUUCCAUUCUUCUCACAAGUUGAACCUUUGAGUCGACCUCAUUCUCUUACCCAAUAUCGGUCAUUCAUUCAACUUUACCCAACACUCGAAAGAGAUGACUACCAAGUCUGUUGCUUUAUUUCGUCCAUUAUAUCGUUUGCAAGUAACAACUGCACGCUAUAUUUGUUCAAAGGCACUGGAAGAUACUCCCAGCUGUUUUACAGCGAGGAAGACAGCAGAAUCUGCACAGUCAUUAUCACAAGGGAACUAUCCUGUUUUACAGCACUAUGUCUAUCCAGUCGUGGAGAAUACUCGUAUGAAGGCUUUAGUGAAAGCAGAAGCUGCACCAGGCUUAGUAUUGCGUGAUGAUGUGGGCAUUCCGUCCAUUGGGAGUACCGAAGUGUUGAUCAAGAUCAAGAAGACGAGCAUCUGUGGAACAGACUUGCACAUAUUUGUAUGGGAUGAGUGGAGUAAACGUACAGUUCCAGUUCCUCUUACUAUUGGACAUGAGUAUGUUGGCCAUAUUGCUGCCGUAGGAAGUGAAGUGACAGGUUGGAAGGAGGGAGAUCGAGUAACAGGAGAAGGACACAUUACGUGUGGAUAUUGUCGAAAUUGUCGUGCAGGCAAAAGGCAUCUUUGUCGAAAUACUAUUGGAGUGGGUGUCAAUCGGCCUGGAGCGUUUGCAGAAUAUUUAUCACUUCCUGCUGGAAAUGUAUUUCGUGUUCAUCCAAGUAUAACGGAUGAUAUUGCUUCUUUUAUGGAUCCUCUUGGGAAUGCAGUUCAUUCCUGUCUUUCUUUUGAUUUGGUCGGAGAAGAUGUAUUGAUUACGGGUGCAGGUCCCAUUGGAAUGAUGUCUGCAGCUAUAUGCAAACAUGUGGGUGCACGUUUUGUGGUAGUUACUGAUAUCAACGAUUAUCGUUUGGAAUUGGCAAAGAGUUGUGGAGCAGAUGUAGCUCUUAAUAUUUCGAAAUGUGAAGAUCCCGUUGAAGAACUUAAAAAAACGAUGAAGCAGUUGGGAAUGACGGAAGGUUUCGAUAUUGGUUUGGAAAUGUCUGGAAAUGCUCAAGCCUUUGCAUCGAUGCUAGAAACGAUGAAUCAUGGUGGUAGAAUUUCCCUUUUAGGAAUACCUCCAUCGCCCUUUGCUAUUGACUGGAACAAAGUCGUAUUCAAGGGAAUCGUAGUAAAGGGCAUUUAUGGGAGGAAAAUGUUUGAAACUUGGUAUAAAAUGUCGAAUAUGUUGGUGGGGGGUUUGGAUAAGAGAAUACAGCAAGUAAUGACCCAUCAACUUCCAUAUGAUGAGUUUGAAAAAGCGUUUGACUUUAUUCGCGAUGGAAAAAGUGGCAAAAUUGUGUUGAAUUGGGAUGAAUAAAUUGAUUUGUGUUUCCAGCGUCGUCGUCCU